UCGCCCAGAACACUCCAACCCCUCUCUGCUUUCCUUCUUCUGUUCUUGCUUUCGCCGGCAAAAUCUCACCUUCCAUUCACCGCCAUAGCAGGCCAGCUUAAAAGGGUACCGAGAUUUCGAGCAUGAAAUCGGGUUUCCGCCGGCGUUUUGGCCCGACCCAGUUACUUUGAGAUCCGGAUCUUCGCAGCAAUGGUUGCAGAGCCUUGGAUUUUGAAGAUGGGUAACCAGGUAAGCUCCAAUCUGAAGCACGCUCUUCCUUUUCAACCUUCGAAAAAAUCAGUAGUUCCCAAAUCUCAACCCGCCGCCGACGCCAAAACCCAGAAGCAGACCGUUGGCAUUCUCUCCUUCGAGGUCGCCAAUGUCAUGUCCAAGACCGUCCAUCUCCACAAGUCUCUCACCGACUCCGAGAUCUCGAAGCUCAAAAACGAGAUCUUGAAGUCCGAGGGAGUGCUCAACCUGGUCUCCGCCAACGAGGCCUAUCUUCUCGAGCUCGCCAUGAUGGAGAAGCUGGAGGAGCUAAACCGGGUCGCCGCCGUUGUGGGGAGGCUCGGGAAGCGGUGCGUCGAGCCGGCUCUGCAGGGGUUCGAGCAUGUCUAUGCCGACCUCGUUAAUAGGGUCAUUGAUGUGAAGGAGUUGGGGUUUUUGGUAAAAGACAUGGAGGGUAUGGUGAAAAAAAAAAAUGGAGAGGCAAAGAUGCUAGCCGAGCUCUUGCUAAAAUGUCUUUUGAAGACAAAGAUCUGA